CCAAAACAGGGACGCACCCCUGCGCAAUACACUUCAUGUACACUGGACCCUGAUAUUUUUGAUCCCUUAUAAUCAUCUUGAUAAUCAAUUGCAUAUCUCUCUUGACUGGAAUAAGUGACCGUUUCUCUACGCUUGGAGUAGAUACUGUGCUUAUAGAUCUUGGACUUUCCAAGCCCUUGCAUCUUUAGCAAUUCUACCAAUUCUUCAUUCCUGGAACAAAAAUUAACGGUUGACAAAAUGGCUCAGCAAGGCUCAUCACAAUCCCCUCCCUCUUCGUCGACAACGGAGAAUCCAAUAGUAGCGGUGGGUAGGAAAGUCAAGUCGGUUUUGGGCACACAUCAACGUCCAACCAUUAGAAUUCAUCGUGACGCUUCAUCGAAUGCAGAGUCACGAAAGGCGCCCUCAACAGGGGACUUUUCAGAGAAAUACAAUACUGGCUCAUCACCUCCUCGAAAUACACAGCAUAGCCGUGCAGAACUGCCUGAACAUUCUGCCACUGGGGCAGCAACUCAGCCUCUUCCAUCUCAAGGAAAUGCAUUUACCAAUCGCUUUCGGUCACUGUUUAGUCGUGGGGAAUACUCUACACAGCACGAGUCUUACGAGCAUGAAUAUGAUCCUGAUAUGGUGGAUUUGUUGGACGUUGUAGGCAUGUGCGAUUAGACUGGUUGCUUAGCAAGUAGACUAACCGAUUACAGACCCAGAAAUAUCUACGCUUUCUACCCUUACCAAUGUUCAAAACUCUCUCUUCGUACCUCAAAUGGGAGGUAUUGUCAAUCGUCAGCCUACAUAUAGACUUUCAAACAGCUCUGGAGAAGUACGCACUAUUGAUAGGAUCAAGGCAAAGUUGAAGAACCUAAGGAGUCCAGAAAGAAGAGUGGAUGAUGAUACAUGGAAGCCGCCGAAACUAGAAUACGCAGUUUUACCUGAUGGAGAAAGGCUUCUUGGUUGGACAUCAGCCGAGAUUAACGAGCUGGAUGAUGGUGUUAGACAUCAGCUUCAUUCCCGACGAGCGAAAUUUAAGCGUUCAUUGAAAGGUUUUAAGCAAUAUGUUCGCAGACGUAAGUCAACUCUUUGAUGUGGUAUCUAAGUUUUCUGACUAACGAUAAUUCCCCAGCUUUGGGACUGUUUAUCACAGUCUAUGCAACCUUGAUUACGCUAUUCGGUGCAGCCUGGGUACUCUUUCUCAUCGGUUGGAUUUCUCUAGGUUCACGGAAAGCCUACAUAGUCAACGUUGUCGACAACAUCCUAGUCGCUCUUUUCGCAAUCAUCGGUGAUGGCUUGGCCCCAUUCCGUGCAGUCGAUACAUAUCAUAUGGCCUACAUAGCACAUUACCACCGUAAAACUUGGAAACGCCGUGAAAAGCUAGGUCUUCCGGAGUUAUGGGAUCAUAAUGACCUCCCGGAACAACGCAAAGAAGAUAUCGCUCCACCUCCUCAAGUUGAUAUUGAGAGUCUGUGUGCCCGCCGAAUGCCCAAAAGUUUCGCACGUAGAAUCGCGCCACGCAUACCAAAGAAAUAUGCCGACAUGAUGAUAGCUCGCAACCAAACAGAAGUACCGCCAAAUUACGAGUAUACGGUUUUAUCUCCGGAAGAACAAAGCAUCCUGGAAUUCCACGAGCGAAAAUUCUCCAAGAGUCACACCUUCUACAAACCCCACGAAACAGAAACUCAUUAUGCAUUUCCCCUCAAACUGCUCUUCGCUGUUGUCAUCUUACUCGAUUUACAUUCUUGCCUUCAAAUCACGUUAGGAGCAUGUACAUGGGGAAUCCCUUACCAGCAUCGACCAUUCGCUCUCACGACCGUUAUUCUCUGCUUUAGUAUAACUUGCAACAUCAUGGGCGGAGUACUAAUAUCCAUUGGUGACAAACGUACACGCAAACACGAAGUGAUAGAAAGAAUGAUGAAACAAGAACUUACAUCCGAAGUCAUCGAAACUAUCAGUACGCGGAAACUCAAAGAAGCGGAAGAAAGAGGGGAGGUUGAUCCGGAAAUACGAAAGAGGAGAGAAGAAGAAAAAGAAAGGGAGGAAAAUGAGGAGAUUAAGAAAAGUUGGAAGAGUGUACCGAGUUUACCAAAGAAGUUGUUGGGCAAAGGAGAGGAUCAUAGACAGCCUAGUUUACCGGUAGAGGAGAGAAGUUCGAGUUCGAGUACACAUGUGGACUCACCGAAUAGAGCAGGCUCUACCUCUUCGAAAGACAGAAAGCCGAUUAAGAAAGGUAGUGCAGCGCUACAACCUGUACAAGAAAAUUCAACUGUAGCUCAGCCGACAUAUCCGCAGCCUGUGGCGAGGAAAGGAGAUGGGGUGUCAUCGCAGAAGAAAGGGACGGGGCAGAAGGUUUUGGCGGGUUUCCGAAAGGCGGAUUUGGAUCGGAGUUAGAUGGGUGGUAUUUUCGUUCUCAGCUAAAAGCGUUUUUAUGAAAGGGAAGACUAGAAUGAGUUACAUCUAGCGAAGGCAAAGGAAGUUGUACAAUAUUUUCAUACUCUAUUAUUAUUUCAGCGGGGCGUUUUAUGAGGGUCGGAUGAGUGGGAUGAGUGGAUACCCUGCGUAUGACAUUAGAUGGAAGGUUGCCGGAUGAUAAU